ACAGAUAUGGUUCUCACGGCAAAAAUGAAGAAGCCACAUGCAGUCUGUAUCCCCUAUCCAGCCCAAGGUCACAUCAACCCCAUGAUGUUGCUUGCUAAGCUCCUUCACUUCAGAGGCUUCCAUAUCUCCUUCGUCAACACCCACUACAACCAUAASCGAUUGCUCCGAUCUCGAGGUCCUUCCUCCAUUGACGGCCUACCGGAUUUUUGUUUCUACUCCAUUCCUGACGGACUUCCGCCAUCUGACGCCGAAGCCACCCAGUCACUCCCCGCCCUCUGUGAAUCUAUUUCUAAGCACAGUUUGGAACCUUUCUGUGAGCUGGUGGGUAGGCUUAAUGGUGCGGAGGUUCCGCCGGUGAGCUGUAUAAUUUCGGAUGGGUGCAUGAGUUUUACUCUUGAAGCUGCCGAAAGGUUUGGGUUGCCGGAAGUGCUGUUCUGGACGACAAGUGCUUGUGGGCUUUUGGGUUACACUCACUAUCGUGAUCUUAUUGAAAAGGGAUAUACUCCCCUCAAAGAUAUGAGCGACCUUACAAAUGGGUAUUUGGAAACAAAAUUGGAUUGGAUUCCUGGGAUGAACAGCGAUAUCAAAUUAAGGGAUUUCCCCAGCUUGAUUCGAACCACAGACAUAGACGACAUCUUGCUCAACUAUCUCAUCACAGAAUCUGACGCUCUUCCUAGAGGCUCGGCUGUCGUCAUAAACACAUUCGACGCCUUAGAACACGACAUCAUUAAACCCUUAACUGUAUUGAACCCACGAACCUUCACCAUAGGUCCACUUCAUUUGAUGCAACAACAUGUUCACGAUGACCGACUCAACCACAUAGGAUCCAACCUCUGGAAGGAAGACACGAGUUGCAUCAGUUGGCUCGACACAAAAGACCCAGGCUCAGUUGUUUACGUGAACUUUGGAAGUGUUACCAUCAUGACAAAAGAACAACUCAUCGAGUUUGGGUGGGGGCUUGCUAAUAGCAACAAGGGUUUUUUGUGGAUAACCAGGCCGGAUAUCGUCGGAGGGGAUGAAGCCAUGAUGCCACCAGAGUUUGUCGAUGAGACCAAAGGGAGGGGCAUGGUGACUAGCUGGUGCCCUCAAGAAGAGGUUAUGAAGCACCCGGCAAUAGGCGGGUUCUUGACUCAUUGUGGCUGGAACUCGACUAUUGAGAGUAUUAGCCAUGGGAUUCCGGUGAUUUGUUGGCCGUUUUUUGCUGAGCAACCGACGAAUUGUCGGUAUUGUUGUGUAGAAUGGGGGAUUGGGAUGGAAAUCGAUACGAAUGUGAAGAGGGGGGAGGUUGAGGCUCAGGUUAGGGAGAUGAUGGAUGGGAGGAAAGGGAAGAUGUUGAAGAACAAGGCUUUAGAGUGGAAGAAGAAAGCGGAAGAAGCUGUCGCUGUCGGUGGAUCGUCUUCUAUGAACUUCGAAAUAUUAGUUACAGAUGUUCUGUUGAGAAAAGAAUGAUUUUCUUAUUACCAGUUUGGUUCCGGUAUGAGUUAUUUAUCCAAACACUCAAAAGUGUUUA